AUGACGUGCCAGCCAUUCAGCAGUGUGGACACUUUCUCUGCCCUGGCAUCGGAAUCUUCAGCUUUGCCUCUCAUCAUGCACCAUGCCGGGGCAGCGGAUUGCUUGCCAGCAUCAAGCCAUGGAGCCAGUGGAUUAUCAGCAGUUCCUUCUGGAUUGUCCCUUGUGCCAUCAUCUAAGCGAUCCCACAUGCACUUAUCAUCUUCAGCUCUUGGGAGCAGUGCUGCAGGACUACACUACUCAGUGUCACCCUGCCACUAUGGAAACCAACAGGCUGCCUAUGGAAUGAUGGCAGGCAUCAAAUCUACUGCACAAGAAAUGUUGACAGCCAGCAUUUCCCAAAGUCGGAUUUUGCAGGCUUGCAGUGUCCCACAUCCUAACGUGGUUAAUGGUGCAAAUGCUCUUCAAGGUGGGCUCACGCAAUGCCUCUAUAAGUUUCCAGAGCACACUUUGAGUGCUGGCUUCACCCCACUACACCAGUCUCUCCUUGCAGAGGAGUCUGUCCUGGGGGACUUCAAGCAGGAACUGAGGAAGAAGAGCAAAGCAGCUGAGGAACCAGUGGAUAUGGACUCACCAGAGAUCAGGGAGCUGGAGAAAUUUGCCAAUGAGUUCAAGCUGAGGAGAAUACGAUUGGGUUACACCCAGACAAAUGUGGGAGAGGCCCUUGCUGCUGUUCACGGCUCUGAGUUCAGCCAAACAACCAUCUGUCGCUUUGAGAACCUCCAGUUGAGUUUCAAAAAUGCUUGCAAACUGAAGUCCAUCCUGACGAAGUGGCUGGAGGAAGCAGAGCAAGCAGGAGCUUUGUUUAGUGAAAAGGUGGGCUUGAAUGAACGCAAGAGGAAGCGGAGGACUACCAUAAGCCUUUCAGCUAAGGAAGCUCUGGAGAGACACUUUGGAGAGAAGAGUAAGCCCUCCUCACAAGAGAUUGUGCGCAUGGCAGAGAGCUUGAAUCUGGAGAAGGAAGUAGUAAGAGUUUGGUUCUGUAAUCGAAGGCAAAGGGAAAAGCGUGUCAAGACCAGCCUACACCAGAGUGCCUUCAGCUGCCGGUAG